CGGCCCCUCCCCUUCCAAGAUGGCGGCGGGCGAGGUGGAGGCCGCGCUGGCGCUGCUGAGGCGGAUCGCUAGGCUGGAGGAGCCGCUGGAGGAGCUGCGGGCCCUGCGGGUGGCCGUGCAGGCCCUGCCCCCCGGCGCCCUCCGCGAGCGAGGCCCUGGCUUCCCCUUGGCUGGGCUCUUCGUCCUCAUGGCCCGCGGGGAUAGCAGUGAGCAGAUCUCUUUAUGCGCGUCUAUCUUGGAGAGAUUCCUGCAAGUCAUGGAUCCCUUGGAUGUAAUCCAAAACUUCGGGGAAGAACUUCAGAAGGGACUCUUCCACCCCGAUGAUUCAGUCAAAAUCCUAACCAUCUCCCAAGUUGGAAGAGUAGUUGAAGAUCCUGUCACUAUUAGAGAAAUCCUUAACACUCCUGAAUUAUUGAGGCAAAUUGUCUAUUGCAUUGCUGCAGAGAAAAUAGCCGUGGCAAAAGAGGCCAUCAAAUCACUAUCUAGGAUAGCGCAAACACCUGAGGGCUUGGAAGUUUUGCUGGCGGGGAACUUGCUGAUUGACUUAAAAAAUGUCAUGGCGAAGAGCGAUGUCAUACGUUAUCGCGUGUAUGAGCUAGUGGUCAGUAUUUCCUCGACAUCGGUGGAUUCUCUGAACUACUGCGUGAACAGCGGUUUAAUAUCAGAAAUGAUUGGAGAACUGACUGGAAAUGAUGUGCUCGUCAGAGCUACCUGCAUAGAGAUGGUGACCUCACUGGCCCACACUCAGCAUGGACGACAAUAUCUUGCCCAGCAAGGCAUCAUUGACAAGAUUUCCAAUAUAAUCAUUGGGGCUGACUCAGAUCCUUUCUCCGGCUUCUACCUGCCAGGUUUUGUUAAAUUUUUUGGCAACCUGGCGAUCGUGGACAGCCCCCAGCAAAUUUGUGAGCAGUAUCCUGCCUUUGUGGAGAAGGUGUUCAACAUGGCUGAAGGCCAAGACCCAACCUUGUUUGGCGUGGCAGUAGACACGAUUGGGAUCUUGGGGUCAAAUGUGGAGGGCAAGUUGGUGCUCCAGAAGACAGGGAGUCGGUUCCAUCAUGUGCUAAACAGAAUUGGGCAUCAAAUAAAGAACGCUCCAACUGAGAUGAGAAUCCGAUGUCUGGAUGCCGUUUCAUCUCUGCUGUACUUGCAACCUGACCAGCAGACAGAAGACCUUCUCCGGGUGACAGAAUCUUGGUUCUCCUCUCUGUCCAACGAGCCUUUGGUACUCUUCAGGAGCAUCAGCACUCAGCCAUUCCCUGAUCUCCACUGUGGUGCCUUGAGAGUCUUCACUGCCAUUGCUAAUCAACCUUGGGCCCAGCAGAAGCUGUUGGCCAGCCCUGGCUUUGUGGAAUACAUCGUGGACAGAUCAGUGGAACCAGACAAAGCUUCUAAGGAGGCCAAAUAUGAACUUGUCAAGGCCUUGGUUAACUCAAAGACCGCUGCAGAAAUAUUUGGAAAUCAGCAUUAUUUAAGACUGAGGGCUUACAUGCGCGAGGGGCCAUAUUACGUUAAGGCUGUCUCAACUACUGCUGUGGAAGGAGCUGAGUAACUUCAGAUGACAUAAUUUUUAGCUACUCUCCAGUAAUUCCAAGGGUAACUGAGGGUCCUGGACUUCUGGAAGGGGGUUGACCUGUUGGUUUGUAGGGAGGAAAAAGAAAGUGUGGAAGGAAUUAGCUUGGUAUGGCUUUCUUAUUUUUUGGCUUUGAAAUGGCAGGAAGUUGGGUUGAAGUAUGGAGAUCUUCUAGGUACUUUCCUGAUGGGAAGCAUGAAUGCCACCAUUUUACAGUACUUAAAAUCCACCCUCUGAGAGAAAGGUGGUUACCCUUAAGUGAGACUCCUUUGGAACAUAGAAAACACCAUUUUCCUAAGAUUGUGCUCAGAGUGACUCAUAGUUCAUCAGAUGAGCACCGAGUAUUGCCUUUCUGCAGUUCUAAAUGCCAUGAUAUAAAUAUUCAUCCGCACAACUUUAUGUAGGGAACAAAUAAGAUGAUCUAAUCCAGGUCCUUAAAAGCAAGUAGAAGAAAGAAUAAAGCCUCUCUCUCUCUCUCGCUCUCAUAAAAGGCUAAACACAUCUCCAUUUUACAAAGGAAGCAUUAUUAUCCACUCUUCUCUCAGCCUUCAUCUCUCUUCUCUUAGUCCAUCCUCCAGCUCUCAGUCUCAACCCCAGGAAAGGAAAAAUUAUGCUCCCUUCACUUCCCAGGGCCCCUUUAAUCCCAGCCAUCUCCUCAAAAGAACCUUCCAGUGCCUUCAAGGGUUAGUAAAUAUAUAUAUACAGACAAGAUACUUCUUCCAUGGUUCAGUUAGGACACAGCACUGUUACAUUUCUUAUACAUCAAGCUCUAAACAUGGUAUGGUUUUAAAUAGGUUGCAUAGAAAGUUCAACAUGAAGGACCAGAGUCCAAUAUGCAUAUUCCAGCUCAGCUUUAUGGGAGUUAAAUGCAUUGGUGGCUUACUACUUAACUAAUUUGGGAAGCAGGAAAGUAUCUCCAACAAUAGACGAGUCCGUGGUUGUAGUAAAGUUUGAGUAGUUUCCCUAUGUGCAAAAAUGUGUUUUUCUUCUGUUCUGCUUUGGAUUAAUUUAUAAAGUACCUCUUGAACUGAGACAGAGUCUGUUGGUAUUUGCAAUCUGAUUUUUGACCCCAUUUUCUUCAGACUACUGCCUUUUGUGUAUAUUUCGGCUUUGAAAUAUUCCUUUUUGAUACCUGUUGACUUCCCUUUGUCGUGCAUGUAAGCAUCAUGUAGAAUGACCCCUUUUAAAGAUGAAGUAAGAUUGUCAGAUUAAUUAAAUUUAUGUAAAACGUC